UAGCUGCAUGUGGUGGGGUGUGGGGGUGGAGGUAGUGGCAGUAAACUGGUACCUUUGGUAGCAUCACCACUUACAAAUAGAGAUGGCCAGUCAAUCUCAGGGCAUCCAGCAACUGCUGCAGGCUGAGAAAAGAGCAGCUGAGAAGGUGGCAGAUGCCCGAAAGAGUGAGAGCCUUGGGAAGGCUCGGCGUCUGAAACAGGCCAAGGAAGAGGCUCAGAUGGAGGUAGAGCAAUACCGUAGGGAACAGGAGCAAGAGUUCCAGAGCAAGCAACAAGCGGCCAUGGGUUCCCAGGGGAACUUGUCAGCUGAAGUGGAGCAGGCAACUCGGCGCCAGAUACAGAGCAUGCAGAGUUCUCAGCAGCACAGUCGUGAGGGUGUCCUGGCUCAACUUCUUGGCAUGGUCUGUGACAUCAGACCCCAGAUUCAUCCCAACUAUCGGAUUGCUGCCUAGGGACUCUGUACCAAUCAUCUCCCCUCUUCCCAAAACUUUAUACCUUGUCCUACAGCCAUUUCCCUUUUCUCCCAUCAGUCCUCCAGAAAUGCAAGGAGUUACCCUGUAAUUCUCCCAUGUAGAAUUCUAAAUCUUUAGCUCCAUAACUCCUACCAGGACCUUUUAAGUUCUCAGAGAAGGAUGCUUCUUUCACAUAGAAUCUAAAUCUACCUUAAAAUCUUGACUGAUAACUGCCCUCUAAUCAUGGUAAUAGUUGUGUGACUGGGCAAGUUACUUAAUUUUUUCAUGUGUAAAAUGGAGACAAUUGCAUGUAAUUACAAUGUUCUGGUGAAGAUUAAAUGAGAUGACUUUUGUAAAAUGUUUUGCAAACCUUAAAGUAUUAAAGGCUACACAUCAUUAUCAAGAUUUCUCCCAGGUAGAUCAAAAUCUCUCCCCAGUUGAUAUCAAUUAAGUAAUCCUAGUAGCCUUCUGAUUUAAAGGACCAUCCUUCAAAGUGCAUGGAUUUCCCUGCAUGGUGUUCCUUUGACCAGUGAUGAAACUAGCUGACCUCCAAAAUUUUAUUAAUCUUAUGACUCUUAAGAGUUUCUUUUUCUUCUGCUCUUUCCUUUUUAUAAUCUUUACAUCAUUCCUGUUACUUCUCCAUUUUUUCUUCCUGUUACUUCUCCAUUUUCUGUUUCUCACAAUUUCUUGAAGAGACCUGUUUUACUUUCUUUAUUCCAAGUGGUAUUCUUAUGUGAAUGUCCCCUAUCUUUUU